AUGGUUUUGCAUUUAAUAAUGUUUUCGGCCCUUGCAUUUGAUAACAUGAUGGUUUUGCGAGAUAAGGAAGAUCAAAGAAUAGAAAUAAUUGCCGACAUAGUUGGAGAAAAUUUAAAAACAAACGGGUGGAACAACAUUCUUUGUUUUGGACAUUUACCUGAUAAUUUCUACAAGAAAGUUAAAAAUCUCAACCUUACUUUUUCUAUUUCGAACAUCGACGUAGAUGAUGAUUACUACGUGGAAGAUGCUGUGCCCUAUCACUCAAAUGUAGUAAUCAUCGAUUGUUUAAACUUCGAGCAGUUUGAAGAUGUCAUGACUAAAGUUGUCUCUUUACCGUAUUGGCAUCCUCUUUCACAUGUUAUCUUAUAUUAUCACACGAUCGAAGACAAAAAAAUGACAGCAAAACUGUUUUAUAUCCUAUGGUAUUAUAAAGCAAUCAAUGCAAUUAUUAUUCAGUACAAUGACCUUGAAGAUUUGUUUUUGGUGUCAUACUAUAAUCCUUACAUUAGCGAACAUUAUCAACUCAAAUACGUCUACGGAUGUAGAAUGACUAAAAAAAUUGGUAUGCCAUUUGAUAAUUUCGAAACGGGUUUCAGCUGUGAAGAGGGUUGCGAGAAAUUACCUAUUUAUUCUAAAAUUCGGACAAAUUUUUUUGGUACCUGUCUGGGAUAUGACACCUUUUCGUUUUAUUAUAAUGAUACUGCAGUAUUGCGGAAUGUCAAUUUGUUCGAGAAUAAAGUUAGGAAUUUUCACGGGUAUCCGCUUAGAGCGUUCGGCGUUGAAGUAUUACCAUUUUUAGAAAUAAGAAACCAUAGUGAUGGAACUUAUACACUACAUAAAAGAGACGCUAUGAUUUGGAAUACAAUGUCAGAGAUUAUGAAUUUCACAAUUAAUUUGUCACCUGCAGAAGGAAAAAUUAAGAAACCUUUCGAUUACGAUCUAAACAUUCAAAUGAACUUUGAUUUUUCAAAUAGGAAAUUUGAUUUAUUUCUAUUUCCUGUUUAUCUAUUUGAUUUAGUGAUUGUGCAUGUAGAUUACACAUUUCCGUAUAAAGAAAGUGGCGUGUGCUUUUUAGCACAUCGAGCUGAUUUUGAAACUAUACUUUUCGAUGUAAAAUUAUUACUUAAUAAUAUAAACUUAGUAGUUCAAUUCUUGUUAUGCCUACUUUGCUCUUGGUUCGUAUUCUUUAUAUUUAACAUGGAACAACGUGGCAGUAUUAGCUUCGAUCAAGCUGGUAAAGAUUUCGUUAAUACAGUAAGAUUGAUUCUAUCCAUAGGCUUGUACAAUCCGCCAAAACGAAAUUCAUUCCGCAUUUAUUUGUCUAUAUCAUUAUGGUGUUUUUUUGUUUUAAAUUUCUCUACUCAAGCAGCCAUAAUAUCGUUUUUCUCUGCGUCUAAGCGAGGCAAAGAAGUGGAUACGUAUGAUGACAUUGUUCAAAAGGGUUAUUUAGUUGAAGGUAUGGCAUCCCCUGAUGUGAUUCUGCCUGAUGAUAAAGAAGUUUUUCGUACGAUAAACUCCAGAAUGGUACCUAAUAAAGAUUUGUUUGGUUGCGUUAAUAAAAUGAAUAAUGAUACCCGUAGAUUUUGUUUGCUCGAUUGCGCGGUCUCAAAAUAUUUGGAAAGGAAUAAAAUGAACGAGAAGGGACAACAGUUCCUGCAUGUUGCUAAAGACAGGGCUCACAGCCAUUAUCUAAACAUGAUUUUGCAAAAGAACUCCGCAAUCACGGAGAUUUACAACAAAUAUGUUUUGGCAAUCGUUGAAGCAGGCUUAGUUACAAAAUGGGAACAAUAUAGAUACAAUGACAUCAAGGAAGAGGCUCCGGUAAGACCAAUGGGUUGGGAAGACGUUGAAGGAAUUUACAAAUGCUACAUUUUGUUUCUAGUGUUGAGCUUCAUCAUAUUCACAUGUGAAGUGUCAAUAGCAGUCUUAGUUAAAAUUAAAAAUCACUUUUUCAAAAAAAUUAAACAAUGGAGAAAACAUACAACUAAAAGGCAUAAAGAUAAGUAG